AUGAUGUCCCAAGUCCACGCGGAGUGGGGUGUUGGCCUGGCGGUCGCCGCCGGGCCGUACCGCGUGCCUGAUCACCCACAUUGGGUGGGCGACACGGACGGUUUGGUGGCGACGUGUCGCUCAACCAGUGCAGUGACGCUCAAACUCACUAGUGACUCUCACUCUCAACCAGUGACACUCAACGUUCACAGUGACACUCAACACUCAACAACUUUCUAUCUGCCUCAUCAUGGUGUUUUGAAACCAGACAGCACGACUACGAAGCUGAGAGUUGUCUUCAAUGGCUCAAGCUCAACAUCUUCUGGAUAUUCUCUCAACGACAUCAUGCACACUGGUGAAAACCUACUGCUCAACAUCGCUGACGUGCUCCUAUGGAUUCGUCAGCACAGAUACACAUUCUCAACCGAUAUUACCAAAAUGUAUCGGCAAAUCAGAGUGCAUGAAGACGACUGGGAUCUGCAAAGAAUAUUGUGGGUGGAUAAGGACCUGCAAGAGACUCAAUUUCAGCUCACUACGGUCACCUACGGUACCAAGGCAGCACCGUAUCUUGCGGUCAGAACAUUGCUGCAAUUAGCUGAGGAUGAAGGUCAUCAUUAUCCUCUGGCCGUACCAUCGAUCACUCAUGCCAGAUAUGUCGACGACAUCUUUGGAGGAGCAGAUUCACCAGAAGAUCUCAAGAAACUCGCUCAUCAGCUUCAAGGUCUGUGCAACGCGGGCGGUUUCCCACUUGCUAAGUGGCAUUCAAACUGCCCCGCGCUACUCGAAGCCAUCUCACCUGAAGCUCAUGCUCAAGGCUCAUCACUCUCAUUGGACGACUGCAAAACCAAAAUACUCGGAAUGCAAUGGAAUUUUCUCAAGGAUACAUUUACAUUCUCAUCGAAGGAGGACUCAUUCUCACCCCCAACCAAGAUAAGUAAACGCCUCAUACUAUCUCAAGUAGCACAGAUAUUUGAUCCACUUGGUUUCCUCUCACCGGUCAUAAUUCGCUGUAAGAUUUUAUUGCAAGAAUUAUGGCUGCACAAACUCAACUGGGAUGAAUCACUACCAUCCCACAUCACAGCACGAUGGCUCAUCCUCAGAGAAGAUCUCACAAGUCUGGCCAGACUCUCAAUUCCACGCUGGUUCAACACCUGUCAAGACUCAGUGGUGGAAAUACACGGUUUCUCUGAUGCAUCUCAGCUCGCCAUGGCAGCCGUGAUCUACAUCACGGUCUUCUCACCGUCCACAAAUCUCAAGGUGACGUCACAGGUGUGCGCCAAGACGAAGGUCGCACCUCUCAAGAAACUCACUAUCCCGAGACUGGAGCUCACAGCAGCUCUUAUGCUUGCAAGGCUGGCAAGCUAUGUUCAAGCGAAGCUCAAUCUCAACAUUGCUACAACUCACUUGUGGACGGAUUCUCAAGUCACACUCAUAUGGAUCAAAUCUCACGCAUCACGCUGGAAGGAUUAUGUGAGAAACAGAGUAUUGGCGAUACAAGAACUCACACCUGAGGCACAUUGGGGGUAUGUGUCUGGAACAUCGAAUCCAGCUGACUGCGCAUCACGAGGCCUUUCAACUGCUCAGCUUGAACAUCAUCAGCUAUGGUGGACGGGACCACCAUGGUUUACUCAACCCCAGGACUCAUGGCCAUCACAACCGAAGCUCAAGGACGCCUCAUGUGCACUAGAAGCGCGUCCAAGUAUUCCUACUGCGCUCAUCUCCCAAAAGAUCGAGUAUCAGUGGGAUCUCAUUCACAAAUACUCAACGCUCAAGAAACUUCUCACCAUCACUGCUAUUUGUUUCAGAUUUAUAGCAAAAUUAAAAGGGGUCCACUGCUCACCAGCCUAUACCUCACAUUUGCCGAGUGAUCUGGAAGAUGCUCAGAAAUUCUGGAUCAGGGCAACUCAGACCAUCUACUUCGCUCAUGAAAUGAAGAUGCUCACCUCACACUCAUCGCUGCCUUCAUCUCAUGCCUUCAGUCACCUGACUGCCUUCAUUGAUGAUAAGGGAAUCAUCAGAAUCACGCUCACAAACAAACUCUUCAUGGUGGAACUCAACUCACACUCGCCUACAUUCGACAAACCUACUGGAUCAUCGGAGGAAGAGCUCCAGUCAAGGCUCAUAUUCUGCGGUGUUUGA